AUGGUUAAAAUUGCAAUGAAACUUCAUGCAAAAGAUGAUCCAAAACAAAAAUCACGUAUUCUUGAUGAAUUAAAACGAUCACUUGAGCAUCUUAAUCAAGGCAAAGAUCUCGAUGAUAUACAAAUAACUUCAGAAGAGUUUAUUCAAUUAUUAAUGGAAAAUAAAGAAUUAUGCGAAUUAGUAUCACCGUUCAGUAUUGAACAACCACAAGAUGUCAAUGCUCAACAGCCACAUGCUCAGUCAAAAUAG